AUGCUAGUCUUUAUUCUUCUUAUUACAUUAAGUUGUGCAUCAGAGUAUGAAGACUUUUCAUUCAAUAAUUUUAAAGAUAUUUUGUCAUCUAAUAAGGAAUCAGACAAAAGUUCUUCACUUAAAGAUAAAAAGUCUAAGUCUUCUUCUGGUACGAAAACAAAACGUAAAAGUGUUAAACCAAAAAAAAAGAAUAAGCCAAAACCAGUUAAAAGGACAAAACAAAUUGCAAAGCCAAAGCCAGUCACAAAACCAGUAGCAAAACCAAAAAAGAUAAAUAAAUUAAAAACAGUCGCAAAACCAAGAACAGUCAUAAAACCAAUUAGAAAACCAAUAAAUAAAUCAGUUAAAAAACCAAUAAAUAAAUCAGUUAAAAAACCAACAAAAAAGAAGACAACUGUUAAGCCAUUAACUAAAAGGAUGUACGGAAAAAAAUCAACUGCAGUUAAAGGAUCAACAAAACAAAAAAAGUCAAACAUAACAAAUAAAAAAUCGUCUGGUUCUAUGACUAAAGGAAAGAUGGGUUCAAAACCUCUUGUUAAAAAAGGUUAUAAGGCAAGUAGAAAAUCUUAUGUUCAACCAAAAAAUAAAAAAGAAGUAAAGCAAACUUUCAAAUCGACAUCAAAUAACAAUAGAUUAAAUUCACCUUUUAAAUUAAAAACAAACAAUGCUCCAAAGAAGUUAAAUAGUUCAAUAAAACCAACAAACAAAUCAAAGUUACAAGAUAAAAAGAAAUUAAAACCAAUAAAGAAAGGGUCAACUGGAAAAAGAUUAUCUGUUACAAACGCAAAGAAACAAACAACAAGAACUAAUUCAUUGAUUACUAAAUCUAGUAAAAAUAUUAAACCAUUAGCUAAGGGGUUAUCAGGAAAGAAAGUUCCAUACUCUACUAUUAAGGGUAAUAAAAAUAUGACUAACACCAAAUCUCUUUCAAAAGGAACAACAAGUGUUUCUCAACCAACUAAAUCAACGACAAACACAAACACUAAAAUUAUUAAUGAAAAAGGUAAAAAAGGAGUUGAAGCUUCAAUCGAUUAUAAAGGAGAUAAGUUAUCAACAAGUUCACAAGCAAAAUUUGUUAAAGAUGGAAAUGGAAAGACAACAUCUAUUGGAAUAGAAGGUACUUAUCAAGCAAAUAAAAAUGUUUCUUUUAAUGGUGGAUUCAAUUUUGAAAAUAAAUAUGGACAAAAAACAUCAGAUUUUACUUUUGGAACUACAUACACUGGAAGUAAAUUUAAUGGAAAUGCAAAAUAUAAUAUAAAAAGGGAUCCAAUAGGAAAAUCAAGUUCAUUCCAAUAUAAUGCAGAAUAUAGACCUGAUAAAAAUUUCACUUUUGGAAUUAGUGGAAGUAAAGAAAAUACAUAUGGACAAACUACAAAAACUUUUAAUGGUAAAAUAGGUUUUGUUGGAGAAGAGAAAUUAAAAAAAGCUGACCUUUCUUAUAACAGAGUAACUAACCCAAGUGGAGUAUCAAGUAACAUACACUAUGACGCUAAUUAUAAGCCAGAUAACAAAUGGGCAUUCGGAGUAGAUGGAGAUAUUAGUAAUAAAAAUGGAGAAAAAAGCAAUAAAUUUAAUUUUAAUGGACAAUAUAAAUAUAAGAAAUUAGAUGCUAAUUUCGAUUUAAACCAUGUCAAAGAUGGAAAAGGUAAAUCUAAUACUCUUUCUGGCAAAUUUGAUUAUAAAGCAUCAGACGCAUGGAGGGUUACAGGUGAUGGAUUUAUUUCAAAUAACUAUGGACAAAAGUCUAAUGGACUGAAUGUAAAAGCAGACUAUAAAAGUACAAAUACAACUGGAAGUAUUUCAGCUGGAUUUAAGAAUGACCAAAAAGGUAACAGUAAUUAUGUUAAUGGCAAUAUUGUUAGGAAAGUUAAUAGUAAUUUAACAUUAUCAGCAAAUGGUAAAAUAUCAAAUGAUUAUGGCAAAAAAACAACAGAAAUAAAUGGAAAGGCUGUUUAUAAUGGAGAUAAAUUACAAGCUGACCUUGCUUUAGGGCACAAGAAAGAUACAAAUGGUGUAAAUAAUUAUAUCCAAGGUAACUUUAAUUAUAAGGCUAAUGACAAUUGGACAUUUACUGGUAAUGGUAAGGCCAAUAACCAAUACGGAAAAAGGUCUAAUGAAUUUGGUAUUGGAACACAAUACACUAGUCCUAAAUUAAAUGCAUCUGCUUCAUAUCAACAAACAAACAACGCAGCAGGAAAAAAUACAAAAGUCAAUUUGGAUAGUACUUACCGUAUUAAUAAUAAAACAGUAGUAACUGGUAAUUUAAAUACUGUUACCAAUAAUGGUAAAAGAGACACAGAUUAUGGUAUUGGAAUUAAAUAUAAUCCUGACGAAAAUUCAACGAUAAACGCUAAUUUCAAACAUAACGGAGUAACUGGUUCUAAUGUGUUUGGAAUUGGAGGUAGUGUUAAAAAUAAUAAAUUAGAUCUUAGUGCUAAUGCUGAGUUUGGAAAGAAUAAUAAAAAAGCCGAUCUUACUCUUUCGUAUAAGCCAUCUGAUAAAUUCUCUGUUGAAGGUAAAGCUGGUUAUACUUAUACUAACGGACAUGGAUCUUCUAAUUAUGGAGUUGAUUUACACUACAAACCAGAUGAAAAGUGGGAUAUCUCUGCUGGUGCUUCUCGUUCUACUGAAGGAACUACUUGGAGUGCUAAAGCUGAACAUAAAAUGAGUAAAGACUCUUCAUGGUUCAUUAGUGCUGAAAAAGGACCAUCAGGAGGUCCACGAUAUAUGGGAGGUUUACAAAUAACCUUUUAA